UCCCCCACCCCCCACCACCCCUUUACUUUGCUCUCCUGGAGCCCAGACAAUCGACGCGCAACUCGCCCCCCCCGCAACACACACCUCCAUCGCCCCGUGCAUCUGCACCUUCGCCGGUACCGGGAGAUCCCCCCCAGCCCGACCCUCCUAGGAAAAGAAAAAAAAAAAAAAAGGCAAAACAACAAAAGAGAGAGAGGGGGAAAGAGAGAGAGGGGAGGAAAAAAAAAAAAAGACUGCUGUAAAGCUGAUCUGAAAAGCAAAGCAAACAAACUUUGAAAAUAAAGGGGGAACAGGAAGUUUGGCAACGGUGUCCAAUAGAUAUGGCAAUGGUAGUCGGUGCGUGGCGAGACCCCCAAGACGAUGUGCCCGGAGCUCAGGGAACUCAGCCUUCGCAAGCCCCGCCGGUGCAGGGACCUCCGGCCGGGGCCCCGCAUACCCCACAGACCCCGGGGCCCGGGGGCCCUCCCAGUACGCCAGCCCAGACCAACCCCAAGCCAGCAGAAACCAAGGAGGACAAACAGCAGCAGCAGCAGCACAUUGAAUGUGUGGUUUGUGGGGACAAGUCUAGUGGCAAACAUUAUGGCCAGUUUACCUGCGAGGGUUGCAAGAGUUUCUUCAAGCGGAGUGUAAGGAGGAAUCUCAGCUACACUUGUCGUGCCAACAGGAACUGUCCCAUUGACCAGCACCACCGCAAUCAGUGUCAGUACUGCCGCCUCAAAAAAUGCCUCAAAGUUGGCAUGAGACGGGAAGCGGUCCAGAGGGGCAGAAUGCCACCCACACAGCCAACUCAUGGUCAGUUCGCCUUGACAAACGGGGACCCUCUCAACUGCCAUUCCUACCUAUCCGGAUAUAUCUCCCUUCUUCUGAGAGCAGAGCCCUACCCCUCCCGCUUUGGCAGUCAGUGCAUGCAACCCAACAACAUCAUGGGCAUCGAGAACAUUUGUGAACUGGCAGCUAGGAUGCUCUUCAGCGCAGUGGAGUGGGCCAGGAAUAUCCCCUUCUUCCCAGACCUCCAGAUCACAGACCAGGUGGCCCUCCUGAGGCUGACCUGGAGCGAGUUAUUUGUCCUCAACGCUGCCCAGUGCUCCAUGCCCCUCCACGUAGCUCCGCUCCUGGCAGCUGCUGGCUCACACGCUUCGCCAAUGUCUGCUGACCGAGUGGUCGCCUUUAUGGACCACAUACGAAUCUUCCAAGAGCAAGUAGAAAAACUGAAAGCAUUGCAUGUCGACUCUGCAGAAUAUAGCUGUUUAAAGGCCAUAGUCCUCUUCACCUCAGAUGCCUGUGGUCUCUCUGAUGUAGCCCAUGUUGAAAGUUUACAGGAGAAGUCACAGUGUGCUUUGGAAGAGUAUGUUAGGAGCCAGUAUCCCAACCAGCCAACACGAUUCGGGAAGCUAUUACUACGUCUCCCCUCCCUUCGCACUGUCUCCUCUUCUGUCAUAGAGCAAUUGUUUUUCGUCCGUUUGGUAGGUAAAACCCCCAUAGAAACCCUAAUCAGGGAUAUGUUACUGUCUGGCAGCAGUUUUAACUGGCCCUUAUAUGUCCCUUCAAUAAAAUAUUUGAGAGAUUUAAGAAAAAAAAACAAAAAAACAAAAGAAAAAAAAAUGAGAAGGAGAAGGGAGAUGAAAGAGAGAGAAAGGAAAGCAAAUGACAUCUGGAGUUGGACAACGAACUAA